CGAGUCGCGCGCUCGCGCCAGUUCAUCACAUUCACAGCGCGAGUUACACUGAUUGGUAGACCGACGAGUGGAUGACCAGACGACUGAGACGAGUUUUGUCUUCUAAAAUUAAAAGGCUUCAACCAGUUUCAGCUGCAAUUCCUGCAAAUACCUUCAAAGUCCUUCAUUCGGUCCUUUUGCCUUGAGUCUUGAGAUUUGACACCCCACGCUGGUCGUUGACUUGCUGCGACUCCCGUAGGCCGUAGUCCCAAGACAUGGCUACUUGUGCUUCUGAUCUGAUUCCCAAGUUAUUCAUACUGGCAACCAUCAUUGGCAUCAUAUCCUGCAAAACAUGUCCUGACAAUACAACUGAUUGUCGGGAUAACAAUACCUGCUGUCCGCUCCUGAGAACCCCUCAUUUUGCAUGCUGUCCCUAUGCAAAUGGGGUGUGCUGCUCUGACCAUGUUCAUUGCUGUCCAGGAGGCACUACAUGUGACCUGGACGAUGGCACCUGCAAUGCCAAGGCCGUCACCAGCAUCCUGGCUGUCAUGCAGUACCUCAUGCAAACCUCUCUGUCGACCAUUCCUCUCACGUCUUUGACUCCAGGACAAGCAUUGAAGGAUAUUGCAGCUGAUCACCCGAAUUCAGUGCUGGAGAGAUCCUCCCGCCUCAGUCCGGAGAGCGGCAUGUACGCUUCCAUCACAGAGGCGCUCAGGAACGGCACCAGCCUCCGUGUUGUGCCCUGUCCAGACCACUCGGUGUGCCCUGAUUCCUACACCUGCUGCGCCUUCGCGGACAAUACGUACGGGUGCUGCCCUUACUCACAGGGAGUGUGCUGCCCUGAUCAUCUCUCCUGCUGCCCUCACAACUCCGAGUGCACGUCUCAUCGCACCUGUAAAAUCUCCGUCUGAACGCGACCAACGGCUCAUGGCAUUGAACAUCCAAUGGACAUCGACCAUGAUAAACAUAGGCUGUAGUUAGGGAUUAAUUUGGACAUUAUAAUAAUGCUGUUGGCGCUGGAGAAUAGGCCUUGUGUAUCCCGAGCUAAGAUGUACUACCAAUUUUGAAUUGGCAUUUCAAGCUUCCUAACUGUAGAGGCCAAAUACUGAACGUUUAAACUUUAAUUUAAGUUUGUUACUGCCAUUGAGUGCCUGUGUUGCAGAUGAACGAAGGUUAUGAGCAGCAAGUUAUCUACCGAGUCUUAAUUUCUGCAAAAGGGCGUGCAAGGCGUUGACGGUUGGAGGUAUUCAGCAAUUCAUUUGAAUGCUUUACGAGAGUGAAAGUCGAUCAUCACCCGCAAGGAGAAAAUUUGGUUACCGUGUAAUGAAAAGCGAUAUUAGACGAGAAACUAAACUAUGCCUUUUUCGUCUGACGCUAUUGUGUAUCAAACUUGCCACCCUGUUCCUUCGAAGCGGGUAACUUCCGAAUACCGUUUACGUACCACACGCAUGCUAGUCAUUGGUGCUGCUCUGUACAUUGCUCGUCUAGAGCAUCGUUCAAUAAUUUCAUUUCCGUUGAAGCUCCCAGUAAUUUCGACGUUAUGAAGUCAGUUUCAACGACGGUGCUGAGCAAGUUAGUUUCCUUAGAUCAUCAAUAAUAUAGAGCGAGCGCAUGACCUUUAACCUUAUAAUCUGUUCUUGUGCAUGUUAUUUUAGUUCAUGAAUUGUUCUGUAUUAUUUUAAGUGCACUCUCAUGUCUACUAUGAAUCUCAUUCUAGAGGAGUCACAAUAUUAACGAGUUUCACUUCCACUAGAAAUAAUUCUCAUUUUACCAGUGGAUGGAAUAUACUGAUCUAGCUCUUACGCAACUACGCUUCAUUUGCAAGAGUAAAUGGAAAAAGAGUGGAGUAUCUACGGAUGUGGAGGAUUGCAUACGCUUAUGGGCUAAGGAUGAAUACGUUUUGCUAACACCUGCUACUUUUUUCUGAUAAUUGAAAAUGAUCAAUAAUAACUCGUUCAGCUAUUUACUGGGAAGAUUUCUCUUAUGGAAGAGCCGCAUCUAUUGCACUACAGCACCGAUAUCAAUGCAUCUUAAAUACUUUGAUAAUGAGGCAUGAAAUUUUCAACCCAAAUUACUAACGCGCAUGGAGAAAUAUUUAAUUACGAAAAUUUUCUACUACGUAUCAGUGUGCAGUACUGAACAAUAUAAUCGUUAGUGGCAGUGGGCGACGUUAAUCAGGUCGUACCCUCAACAUAUUAAGUUUCUCUUUCAUAAAAUCGUUCUUGUUCGAUUCCUAAUUUCA